CCCACAGUCUCUCUCUCUCUCUCUCUCUCUUGCUCUCUCUCAUCGUAGUUAAAUAUAGUCACUCUACUCUUGCUGUAACUGACCACACUCUCAGCAUCCCUCCAUAGCAUUACGGGAGGAAGGAAGUGUAGCACUCACAUUUGGUUUGGUCUGGUCCUGUCCUCUCUGCUGAGUGGAGAGGGAGUGGAAGGAUGCACAAGCUGGAUUGGUGCUAUGAGCAGUAUGCCAAUGUGCUAUGUGCUGAGCGAGUGGGCCAGAUGACUAAGACCUACAAUGACAUUGAUGCUGUCACAAGACUUCUGGAGGAGAAAGAUUGGGAUUUGGAGCUUGCUGCCCGCAUCGGUCAGUCCCUCCUGAAGAGGAACCGUGUUCUGUCAGAGCAGAACGAAUACCUGGAGGAACAAGUGGGCACCAUCAGGGAGGAGGCACAUGAACAGAUUCAUUACAAUGUUCAGAUGAAAGUGUCAAAUUCUCCGCUGCACCAUGAGUUGAAUCUAAAAGACGAGCUCCUGCAGUUCUACACUAAUGCAGUGGAGGAGAGUGAAGAGGGGUCUGGAUCACCCACGAGGCAACAGGGAAGGGCAGGAGUUUCUGCCCAUAGCGGUUCCUCUCUGGACUUUCUGAACUUCAAGACCUGGAGGAGGAAAAUCUCUCUCUCAGAUCAGAGGGCAGUCCAGCAUCCAGAUCUCCAGUAUAGCAGAAGAACUGGCCAAAAAAACAGAAGAUGCCUCUCGCCAACAGGAGGAAAUCACACACCUUCUCUCUCAGAUAGUAGACCUGCAGAAAAAAUCCAAAACUGUGUGAAUCAUUUUGUCACUUUCACUUUACUGCUGCAGGAGCUGGAGGAGAAAUACUCAGAGUGCAUUGAAAUGCUUAAUGAGGCUCAAGAGGAGCUCAAGAACCUACGGAACCGCAGUGUGUCCGCAGGAACCCCUCGACAAUAUCACCCUCUGGGACUUUUUCCCAUGGACUCCCUGGCUGCUGAAAUUGAGGGAACCAAGAGGAAGGAAUUGAGUCUGGAGAAUCCUGAUAAUGAAGAACAGAGGGUUCAUCAUACGCGUGUGUUUGAGACUGAGAAGAACAUCAACCAGUCCGUCAGACAGCGAUCUGCUAUUUCAAGUACUAAGAUCCCGGGAUCCAAUCAGACGCUCUCCUCCCUGAGCUCCGCCCUCUCUGACAGCAGUGGCAAUGAUACAGCGCCUGAUAACCAUAAACAAAGCGUGCUCCAGGAGACUGGCUCCUCAGAUGCCGCUGUGGAUGCCCCUGAGAAGCGAUCUGGCUCGGAGCAGCUCCAACUUGCUCUGAGGCGACUGUCUUUGCGACGGCAGAACUGUCUGAGUGAGCGUCUCUUCUUUGAGCGGGAGCGAGAGAGGUGUAAUCUGGAUCCAGCAGACGGUGCAGAUAACUCAAACAGGCUGGUGCACAGUGAGAGCAUCAUGUCCCUGGGUGCUUGGGCCAGUCGGCCCUAUCUUCCAGACAAGCUCCAGAUUGUCAAACCCCUGGAAGGCUCGGCUACGCUUCAGCACUGGCAGCAGUUGGCUCAGCCUAAUCUGGGUGGUAUCCUGGAUGCUCGACCUGGUGUGGUCCCAAAAGGCUUCCGUCCCUUGGAGCUGGAACUGGAGGAAGUAUAUCAAUAUGCUGACUAUGAGGAAGAUGAGCCUGGAGAGCAAUACUUCCAGAACCUUCCCACUACAACUACAUCCAGUCCCAGCGUCCCUCCUGGCCAUAGCCUCGCCCCCUCAGCCUCCCCGUCACCAUGUCUCAGCACAGGACACACUUCCGUAGGCUUCUCAAUGUAUUUCACAGGGAAAUGCAUGGCUCAUACAUGUUCAACCUACACAUUCACCACCUGCAAAAUCCUCCAUCCGUCUGAUGAACUUACAAGGGUGACACCCAGUUUAAAUCCCGUCCCCACUUCAUCCUGCGUGAUGUCAAGCAGUCUGCGCUCGACACCUGCCGCCACGCCGUGUACUCCUCGGCGAAUGAGUCUGUCUCAGUCUCAGUCUCAGUCUUUCACCAACCUGCGAGACUCCACCAAAACCUUCAGCACAUCUUUGGGCCCUGUGUGUCUCUUGCAGGAGAGGGGCAUCUCUGCUGCAGUGUACCAGCCUCACAGCUGGGAUAGAGGAAGCGGAGGGGUCCUCUACUCUACCUCAGUUCUUCCUCCUCCACCUCCUGACCAGAUUCGUCCCACCACUCCGCCUCAUUCCCCCAUCUGCUGCACUCCCAGCCCUAUUUCGGCUGUUUCUGAUGUAGAUAUCUCCACAUCUUUCUCUUUUAAGAGCCCGUCCUAUGAAAACUUUUUGGCUUCCAAGCCAGCAAGGUCCAUUUUGAAGGAGGUGGCGAGGGUAUCUGGGGGUCAGGCUAAAGACUGUGAGAGUCAAAUCAAUAUCAGUAUGUAUAAUCUUAAUUUAGUUGAUAAACUAAAAAGGUUGGGGUUGGCAAUCCCUGGGGCUUCUGGGGCAAGAGGGGGAGGGGUUCCAAGGCCAAGCUCACUUAUAGGUCCUUUGGGUGGGCUUCGGAGGGCAGGGUCCCCCUUUAGUCCACUAAAUGAAGGUAUGAGAAGGAAAUGGAGCGUUCCUGCUAUGGUUGGUGCCAGUAUGGCAAUGAAGGGCCGGCCCUCAAGGGGACAAAAUGCUACUGGCUCCUUAACUACCCAAGAAAACAAGUCUCAAAUAAUGAGUUAUGCAUAAUAAUAAAUCACACAAUUAGAGGAUCGUUCCUCACUAACUUUCGAACACAGAAUUCAAGACAUAACUUGUAAAAAGCAUACAAUAAAAAGUGCACUUUAAGUGAUAAUUCACCUAAAAAAGCAAAAAGAAAGAAAAUUGUCAUUUACUCAUCCUCAUGUUGUUCCACACUGUAUGACUUUACAGAAGAAAGUAUUUUGAAGAAUAUUUCAUAACGACUGGACCCCACUGACCUUCAUUACAUGGCCAAAAAAAAAACUAAACUAAAAAUACUGAGACCUUUUUCAAGAUAUCUUCUGCACUUCACAGAAGAAAGUAAAUCAAACUGAACUUUUUUUGUGUGUUUUGUGUUCAGCAAAAGACAACAAAUGCAUAUUGUUCUGUAACAACAUAAGAGUGAGUAAAUGAGAGAAUUUUAAUUUUUUUCCUUAUAUAAAAAACACAUACAUAUGCAUAUGGAAGUUUAGAGUGUUAUUUGAAUUUUCAAUCAACUCAAAUCAACUUCAAAUCAACUCCCUGAUUUGCCCUGUGGAAUCUAAUGUGAUGUGUAUCCUGUACAGAUGGUGCUGAUUGUAUGUAACCUUUGACCUCACUUUGACUUCCCAUUCCACAUGCAGGAAGGAAUAAAUAAUCAAAAACCAAAAUCUACAGUCACAUGUACUCACUAUGAACUAGAACUAAGUUUUCGAUGCUGAGGGCAUUUCUAGUGUAUAUGAAAGUGUUUGGAUCUGAGAUCAGUGGUGUUCUGUUCCUGUUUUUCAUUUAAUAAGUGCUUGAAUGAAUUGAGGAAUGAUUUCAGAAAGUGCUGCUGUCUUGCUGGAUUUCUAUGAUUAAAAAAAGCUAGUGCCUGUAUUUUAGUCAUGCCACGUCAGAGUUUUUAUUGAACAAUUGGAAAAUGUGGGAGAGCACUGUAAACUCGAAUGAGCACUUGUGUUUAAUAGCAGUUUUAUUCUCUUUAUUAAUUUACAUUUUGUUGUUUCAUGUUAUUGAAAUGUGCACUUUGACGUUCUAAUGUACUGUUUAACACCACCUGUUUUCGAAAGAUAGUUGCUCUCAGGUAAUGGUCAUAAAAGGCUUUUAGAUUAGUGACUACGCAAUAAUGUUUGUGUAAACUUUUUUCAAAUAAAUAAUAUAUGCAGAGAAAUAAAGGUGAAGGUUAUUGUCUGUAGAUGCCAAUAAUGAUCACCAGAGGGCAGUGUGUCCUCAUUUGUUUUCAUUCUCUUGUCUUCCCACUGAUGGCCAUUUACCAGUUAAA